AUGGGUCACUCUCCGGAGCUCAGUGAAUUCAAGCAUGCUACCGUUAUAGGUUGCCACCUGUCCAGUAAGUCCAUCUUUCAAAUUUCCUUGCUACUAAAUAUUCCAUGGUCAACUAUUAGUGGAAUAAUAUAACAAAGUGGAAGCAACUGGGAACAACAGAAACUCAGCCAUGAAGUGGUAGGCCAUAUUAGCACAACAGUGCAUAGAGAGCUUCAUGGAAUGGGCUUCCAGUGAAGAGAACUCUUAAGGUGUCAGCAUACCAAGACAUUUUGGACCAUUUCAUGUUCCCAACUUUGUGGGAGCAGUUUGGGGAUGACCCCUUC